GAGCAACUGGAGUAAAAUGGAAAAUAUUUGACGUAAAUAACCCAAGGAAUUUAUUAACCAUAAAAUCUUUUUAUUAUUUUUUUUAGCUGUACGACUUCAUUCUUUCUGGUGGAUUUUACUUAUUUGAAGACAAAUCAUUGGGGUGACUAUUUAUAUAUGUUGCUGUAGACCAACAUGCUCAUUCAGUGUUUCACUAAUGGUUGCUCUGGCCCUCCGGUCCUGCGGCCUGACAGGAGUAUCUGUGUCGGGGUUAGAAGGUCACCCCCACUGGGGAGCCCCCCUCUCCAUAUGUUCAGCCUCCUUCCCCAUCCUAUUGUCUGGUGUGAGGUAAAGGCGCUAUAUCGGGGUGAGGCCUGUAUCCAACUCGUCCAUCAGAGAGGAGCCUCCCAGUGGAGUCCUUGGUGAGUCUCAUGAUGACCAGCUCCUCAUUUUGAGCCCCACCCACUGCUGCACUUGACUUAAGUGUUCGUGUGCCCUGCCCCCCUCCCCCAGGGGAGUUUCUGCUCCUAAUUGUCCGUCAUCGAUUGAUUCUGGGGGUGGGCUUUCUGUACUGGCCAGGGGUUGGCUGGGGCCUGGACAGGCCAACAGCUAGUAUACUUUCUGCCUCGGCAAGCACUCGGUGAAUGUAAAAAAAAAUUGGUUCGGAUUGGAUCUUAAGUUGCUAUGGAUCUAUGGAUUAUUUUACCUGACCCUGGUGCGGAUCGGUGGUGAAUUAGCUUGGUCUGGCUUGUUUUUUUUUUUUGUUACGCAGGUUUAUCUCGCUCUGUGUUCUGUUCCGUCCUCGGUGUAGGUGGACUUUUGAAAAUGCAAAUCUUGCACAAUGGCCUUAAAGGAUGGAGGCCUUGUGCUCUGAGUGAAUGCUAAGCUUGCACAAAGGCUGGUCUCCAUCUGCUGCGACUCGGUGUUGGAGGGCGGCACCUACCUCAACACGACUCUUAAACGAAGCCUUUGUGAGGAUCACGCUGGUCUGAAAUAAGGCCUUUUUAUAAAGGUUCAGGGCGGGGGACAGGAGGCAGACGGACCCCCAUGUCAUAGUCUUAGGAUGGCAAGUGAAGGCUCCAGCAUCCCAAGCCCUGUGGUCCGUCAGAUCGACAAGCAGUUCCUGAUCUGCAGCAUAUGCCUGGAUCGCUACGACAACCCAAAAGUUCUCCCGUGUCUCCAUACCUUCUGUGAGAGGUGCCUCCAGAACUACAUCCCCGCUCACAGCCUGACGUUGUCGUGCCCCGUGUGCCGCCAGACGUCCAUCCUGCCCGAGAAGGGCGUCUCCGCCCUGCAGAGCAACUUCUUCAUCACCAACUUGAUGGAUGUCCUGAGGAAGUCCCCUGACAGUGGCAGCGAGGACUGCGCGGUGCAGGAGACCGUCGCUGCCGUGGCGACGGGACAGCCCCUGUCCUGCCCCAACCACGGGAACAAUGUGAUGGAGUUCUACUGCCCGCCGUGCGAGACGGCCAUGUGCGAAGAGUGCACCAGCGGGGAGCACGCCGAGCACCCCACCGUCCCGCUCAAGGACGUGGUGGAGCAGCACAAGGCUUCACUGCAGGACCAGCUGGACGCCGUCAAAAGCAGGCUGCCCGAGAUUGACCUGGCUCUGCAGGUAAUCUCCGAGAUCCUGCAGCAGCUCACCAACCAGAAGUCCGCCAUCGAGGAGGACAUCCACUCCACCUUCGACGAACUACAGAAGACGCUCAAUGUCCGGAAGAGCGUGCUGCUCAUGGAGUUGGAGGUCACCUACGGGCUCAAACAGAAGGUGCUGCAGGCCCAGCUGGACACCCUGCUGGAGGGUCAGGAGAGCAUAAACAGCAGCUGCAGCUUCACAGAGCAGGCGCUGAGCCAGGGCUCAGAGGCCGAGGUGUUGCUGGUGAAGAAGCAGAUGAGCGAGCGUCUUGGUGAGCUGGCCAGCCUGGAGUUCCCCCUGCAGCCCGAGGAGAACGACCAGCUGGAUUUCCUCAUCGAGACCGAGGGCCUCAAGAAGUCCAUCCACAACCUGGGCACCAUGAUCACCACCAAUGCUGUCGCCUUCGAGACGGUGGCCUCGGGGGAGGGGCUGCGGCAGUGCAUUGUGGGUCACCCCACCUCCAUCACUGUCACCACCAAGGACAAGGACGGGGAGCUGUGCAAGAUGGGCAACGCCGUCUUGACGGCUGAGAUCUGCACCCCUGACGGAAGCGUGGCGGACGGGGAGGUCCUGGACAACAAGAACGGUACUUACGAGUACCUCUACACAGUACCCAGAGAGGGCAACUUCACCCUCUCCCUGCGUCUCUACGACCAACACAUCAAGGGCAGCCCCUUCAAGGUGAAGGUGACCAAGUCUGCCAACGUCUCGCCUGUCCCCAGUAGCAACAAGAAGCGGCUCAAGUCUCCUGCAAGCAGCCACGUCAAGCAGAGGGCCAUCAGGCGGCCGGACAGCAUGUACAGCACCAGCAAGAGGAAGGAGAAUCCUAUCGAGGACGACCUGAUAUUCCGAAUCGGUACGAAGGGAAGGAACAAGGGGGAGUUCACGAACGUUCAGGGUGUGGCAGCCUCGUCGGUGGCAAAGAUAUUAAUAGCAGACAGCAACAACCAGUGCAUCCAGAUAUUCUCCAACGAAGGGUUGUUUAGGAGUCGGUUUGGGGUAAGAGGCCGGUCUCCCGGGCAACUGCAGCGGCCAACUGGUGUGGCAGUCCAUCCCAAUGGCGACAUCAUCAUCGCUGACUACGACAACAAAUGGGUCAGCAUCUUCUCAGGCGACGGGAAGUUCAAGUCCAAGAUCGGCUCGGGAAAGCUCAUGGGGCCCAAAGGGGUGUCGGUGGACCGGAACGGGCACAUCAUCGUGGUAGACAACAAGGCCUGCUGUGUCUUCAUCUUCCAGCCUAACGGCAAGAUUGUCACCAAGUUCGGUAACCGUGGAAAUGGAGACAGGCAGUUUGCAGGUCCUCACUUCGCAGCUGUCAACAAUAAUAAUGAAAUAAUCGUCACUGAUUUCCAUAACCAUUCUGUGAAGGUUUUCAACUCCGAGGGGGAGUUUCUACUGAAGUUUGGGUCCAACGGUGAGGGGAACGGCCAGUUCAACGCCCCCACUGGAGUAGCAGUGGACGUCAACGGCAACAUCAUCGUGGCAGAUUGGGGCAACAGCCGAAUUCAGGUCUUUGAUGGAAGCGGGUCCUUCCUGUCCUACAUCAACACGUCGGCAGAUCCUCUUUACGGGCCGCAGGGCCUGGCUCUCACUUCAGACGGCCAUGUUGUAGUCGCGGAUUCUGGGAACCACUGCUUCAAAGUUUACCGCUACCUUCAGUGACCUGCUACUAUUUCCCCACCCCCUGCCCGCAGACCUGUGACACACCCGUCACGCCUCACUGUCACCAUGCCACAUUGGAUCCUUGUCAUCGUGGAAUCUCGUCAUCUCUCCCCAGGCUGAUGACCUUUCACCUCUGACCCCUCGGCACUCCCGCGCUGAGGUGGUCUAAUGCUGCCCUCACUUCCCCCCCCCAUGGAGGAGAAAGAUGGCAUCUUGUUAUUGAUGAUUAUUUAAGUGUUCCUUUUCCUGAGUUUUUUAUUUAUUGAGCCGACCAUGUAAAAUACAGCAUUUUAUGUGAAACUGAAAAUUAAGCACUUGAUGCAAUAGCUUUGGUGUAGCGUUACCCUUUUGAAAACGGUGGGUAAGGAAAACGGAUAUGGUUGGUAAGUGCGGCACUUUUUGGGGAAUAUAUUUUGUUCAUGACUAGUUUUCUAAAAAAAAAAAAAAGUAUAUUUUUGAAAUUUGAAAUGAAAAUGCCAUCCUAUUGAAGAUGUCCCCCCCGGCCUUGUGCCCUGAGCUGCCUGUGAUAGGCUCCAGUCCCCCCCCUCCCAUCACCGUGACAGGGAUAAACAGUUAUAAUAUGGAUGGAUGUAAGGGAUUUAAGAUUCAUUUUGCUUAAUGAUUCACAUGCAUGACAUGUAAACACUAUGCAGAUCAGGCAAUACAUUUCAGUUGUGUACUUCAGUCUCUGGUAAAAUGCUCUUCCUUCAGGAAGAUGGAGAAAUGUAGUUCCUUAAAUGUUCACAGAUAAAUACUUUUGUCGAUAUGAACUAAAGAUGUUGAAUGCCUCUGUGGUUUUUGCUUGUGCUUGGAUUGACGUACGUUUUGUCCAGUCAGGAAACAUUCCCUCAGUUUCCAUGAGAAAGGUGUGUGUGUGUGUGGGAGAGUGCAGUUGCUUCACGAACUGUCUUUUCUGCUCUGUAACUGCCCAUCUGUCUACCGUGAAGCUAGAUGUAUACAUUUCUCAAAGUACUAGCCGCUCUGCACACAAUAACUGAUCAUCAUGCUUGGCGUUGACGUCUAGUUAGAUUUGUUUUCUACGGCUUGUCAUAGGAUUUUAUUUCUAACAAUGCAAUCGGUGAAUCUUGGCAUUGCUUGCAAAACCAGCGCAAUAUGUAUUGUGGUAUUCAAGGCUCCAUUGACAUUUUUUCUGCUUGCCGAUAUGUUUCCACAGGAUGCAGAUUUUUGCACUGUACGCCUUGCGGAACUAUUGUAGAACUGUGUGGUGUGAUUUCCGUCGUAGUGAAAUUAUCCAAGUUAUAAGUAAACUGGAGCGAGUCGGAUUCAUUUUUCAUGAUUCGGGGAUUCGGUGACGUCCGUGCUGACUUGUAUCAUGUUAAUUUCCCGCCUAACAAAAUACCCACAUUUCAGUGACUGAACGGCACUUAGUCCAAAUAUUAGUAUUAAAGAACACAAGGCAUUGAUGAGAGAAUUGUGGUGUUAAACGAUCCAUGAAACCCUAAGCCCACUGUGUUUUUACUUAUUUGAAAAUGUCUCAAAAGGGAUUUUCUUUUCAUGUGAAAUUUAUUCAUCUUUAUUUACAAAUGAAUUAUUGCUUUUUUUUAAUUGUGAUUAAACAUGGAAAACGCAUUGCUUUAAUAUCCCUAAUGCCAAAAAAAUUGAAAAAGUAACCUAGGGAUGAUUUGCUUAGAAUUAAUUUUUAAUGCAGUUUUGUUCUGUAGAGGGAAUCUUUUGUAAUGAAUGUUGUACAAAGGCUUGGGGUUGUUUAAUUGUUCUAUAAUAUUAUCCCUCAAAUGUCAGGAUCACUCGUGCGGUUUCCCCCCCAUUUAUAUUCCCGAAUGUCUAGCAUUGUUAUAUAUGUAAAGGAGGGAAAUACAGCCUUAAAUGUAUGUAUUCCGUAAUGCUUUUGUACUGACACAAGAAGCACUGAGAAUGAACCGAGUUGUGGUGUUUCGUCUCACAAAUAUGCUUGCUGUGUAUAAAAACAUUGUUUGUGCCCAUUUAAGCAUUGCUUUCAUUUCGAUUUAGCCACUUGUCUGUGCGGCACAUAAAUAAAAUAUUGCAUUCUUUGGAAAAA